AAUAAUUUGUGCCAUUGACGCUCGCCAACAUGCCAAUCGUACGUCCGAAUGCUCUGCGGAGCCUUCAGUCGUCUUUGCGACACUCUGGUGCACGCGCAACUGUACGGGCCGCCCCAGCGCGGACACAGCUGGUCGCAAAGCGCUUCGCCAGCAGCGGCGGCCAUGGAGGCCAUAGUGAGCCCAGUUCAGACCUGCCAUGGCUGCUGGCAGCUUUAGCCAUCACUCCUCCAUCAUGCUGGUACCUUUGGCCGGAGAAGAAGAAAGGUCAUGGUCAUGGCCAUGGAGAUCACGGCGACCAUGCGGAACAUGGCGAGGAGAAGGAUGAAUCUUCAGAAAAGCCAUCCGGAGAAGAGGAGCAAGCCUCUGGCAACGAGCAGGAGUCAGCAGAGGAGGCUGACGAGAAGAAGGAGGACAAGCCUGAGGCGAAGAGCGAGAAGUCUGAUAACAAGGCUGACCAAAAGAAGGAAGAGAAGUCCGAUGACAAGGAGAAGAAAUCCGACGACAAAGCGGAGAAGAGCGCAGAGAAGAAGGAUAGCAAUAAGUCGAACGAAGGCAAUGAUGCUGACGGUGCCGACGAUCAGCCUCCCGAGGCUGUAGGCUCAGGAUCAAAGACCACCAAGACUGGACAAAAGCUAGGCGAGACUGGCUCGGAUAAGGGAAGUGCUGGACCAAAGGACGGAGGCCAGGGAAGCAUGGCGAAGAAGCAAGAAGGCAUGUCCAAUACCGAUACCAAGCACUCUAUACCAAUCGAUUCAAGCAGCGAGAAGUCGACUAAGGUCGAUGGCUCGCCAGAGACGGCAAAGGCAAAAGGCACUGUGGACACUAGCAAAGGCACUAACUUCACCACCAACAUGGCAGAAGAAGAGAGCCCGUUGCUAAGCGCGCUACCACCGGCGACAGACUACUGGACAUACUUGACGAUUAUCGAAUAUAACCUCAAACCUGAAAACUUGCCGACACUGCACAAGGUGCUGCAAGAUGAAACCUUGACGACGAAUAUUGGCUGGGAUCUGGUCCAUCUACUGGUGCCACAUCUCCCAGAUUCCGAGCAGUGCCUGCGAGAUAUCGCGCGACUGGGUAACCCACGAGAAGUGAUUCUAAAGGCGACAGAAAGCUUGCGACUGAUUGAGUAUGAUCAAGUCGAAGAUGAAGAGAACGAAGAUGAAGACUCGACUGCAGAAGCCAGCGAUGCUCGUGAGAGAGCCGACUCUAAUACUUAUCCGUUGAAGACUGCACCGCCGGACGAUGGUUCGGCUCCAAAGCAAGCUGUCGAAGUUCCAGGGCCAUUGCCACUUCCAGUCCAGCAGUUCGUGGCGCUUCUGUCGAUGCUCGCAAUACUGCAAACUCGCAUCAAGACCAAGUUCCCGAGCAGAUUUCUCAGCACGACUCUCCAAGCAAUCCUGGCAAGUUUCUCGAAUUCCCAUGAGUAUCGCGAGGAAAUGAUUCAGGCAAUUGUCAAGACAGUCAAAGCUGUCUCUGGCAUCGCGCGGCCAACGCUGCCAGCCAGGAAGAGCAGUGGCAUGCAGAGCUCGAACGCGAUGGCGAAGGCUCAGAAUGCUGCAGAUCCUGAAGGCCCGGCAGUCGUCGAGUCGACCGCCGAAGAGUCUGCGAUGCAGAGAAAGCUCCUUCAAGCUUUCAUCACACACGUCAUUGAGGAAUAUAUGCUCAAUCUUCCGUCACAUGAUAAUGUUCCCGGCAUGGCGUGGUGCAGUCGCAUCAUGGAGCAGCUGCAUCCUGAGCGUACUGUGCCCGAAACCAAGACAUUUGCGAGUCGAUUUGGAGAUGAAAAGACCUUGCACAGAAGAAUAGAUGCUAUCGGUCAGUUGGUCACUUUGGCCCAGGACUUGAGGUUAUCAAAUGAAGAACUGCAAGAAGCUGCGAUUACUGUGGAGAAGGUCUCUUCUCAAGGCCAAGGCGAGGAUGAGCCUCCGGCUUCCGCUGACGAUAUUCCGCUCUCGAGGCUUGGGUCGCUGCUGUUGUACACUGCGAGGCACGUGUCUUCUGUACUUUACCACAGACCACUUGACGCCGUCCCGCCGUUUCAGCUCUUCCCAGAUCAUCAGGAGCUGAUGAAGCACUGCCUGGCAUCUCAUGGCAUGGGAAACGGUCAGCUUGGAACGGAACCAGAAGCUCUCAUCGAUGCCAUUCUGGCACUCGGCUUGUUGUCAUUGGAGCAAGACAACAUCGGCGAUCCUGCUACUGACGAGCAGUUCAAUGAAUAUCUUCAGACAGUCGCCCUGCUAUCGUCCAACUGCCCGAAUGCUAAUCUCAGAGGCCAUGCGCAUUAUCUCACAAGUACCGUGCUCAGAUCACAGCCUGAUGAGGAAGUUCGCUUGGCUUUUGUGCGCGACACCUUAGAGCAUUGUCCAUUCGAGAAUCUCAAAGUCUCCGCUGUCGGCUGGAUCAAGGGUGAGACUAUCGAGGCAAACCCACCGAAUCAUGAGCGCCACCACGAGCAGGCACCGAAUGGAUCUGGCAAUUCUCUCUUUGCCAAAUCACACGCACUCGAGAGCCUGGCACCUUUCCUAUUCCCAGAAUUGCUUGCCGAUCUUGUCGUUGCUCCGAUUCAGGACGCGUGGACGACAUUCCAGAUGAACAUCUCAUUCUACUUGGCGAGCUUGAACUUUCUCUACUUGCUACUGUGCGCGAAGCACUUGCACCAGAAGCUCGAAAUCCCCGAGCUUUGGAACAACAACGACAUGGCUGGCAGCUUCAUCCAGCCGCUUCGUGAUGCCCAGGCACGUUUCUUGAAGGCGAUGGAAGACGGAGGAGCAUUGGCUUCAGAGAAAAGCGAUGCUGUUCUAGCUGAAGCUAAGCUGUUGGAGGAGACCAUCGGGAGAGUGACGAGCGCUGUGCCGUUGCUUAAUGAAACGUGAUCGGGGAUGACUAAGUAAGCAGCAGCACAGCAGUCAACAAGAGAAUUUGGAAGUCAAGUCAGCACCAGAGGUGUCACGCCAUGACAUUGGAAAUCAGGGCCGAUGUCUGU